AUGUACAUUUUCCUGGAAGACGUGGAUUGUCUGGAAGACCUUGAAGUUAUUGGAAGACAGAGCUUCUCUGGAAGACUUGGAUUGGAGACCUGGAGGUUACUGGAAGACAUUAAUUUUUCUGGAAGACGUGGCUUUAUUGGAAGACCUGAAUUUGGUGGAAGACAGAGAUUUUUGUCUGGAAGACAUGGAUUAAGCAGAAGACCAGAUUUGGUGGAAGACGUGAAUUUUCCUGGAAGACGUGGAUUAUCUGGAAGGCCUGGACGUUUUGGGGAAGACAUGGACUGA